AUGAGCCCGUCCUUCCUCCUCCUCCUCCUCCUCCUCGCCUUGCCCGCCCGCGCCCGGCGAGAGCAGGUGCCCGGCGGGGCGCAGCGGGGCCGCAACGCCCCCGCGUCUUCCUCCUCCUCCUCCUCUUCCUCCGCGGCGGCGGCGGGGCCGAGCCGCUUCCCGCGGAGCCGCCCGGAUCGGCGGCGGGGCCGGCUGUACUGCCGGGUGGGCAUCGGCUUCCACCUCCAGCUGCACCCCGACGGCCGCGUGGACGGCGCCCACGACGCGAGUCCGCUCAGUAUUUUGGAAAUAUUUGCUGUGUCUCAGGGGAUUGUAGGAAUACGAGGAGUUUUCAGCAACAAAUUUUUAGCGAUGUCAAAAAAAGGAAAACUCCAUGCAAGUGCUCGCUUCACGGUGGACUGCCAUUUCCGGGAGCGCUUCCAGGAGAACAGCUACAACACCUACGCCUCGGCCGUGCACCGCAGCCCCCGCUCGGGCCGCCCGUGGUACGUGGCGCUCAACAAGCGCGGCAAGGCCAAGCGCGGCUGCAGCCCCCGCGCCCGGCCUCAGCACGUCUCCACGCACUUCCUGCCCCGCUUCGGGCACCCGCAGCCCCCCGAGCUCGCCUUCACCGUGGCCCUGCCCGACAAGAAGCCGCCGCCGCCGCCCAAGGCCCGGCCCGCCCCGGCCCCGCCGCGCAGGAGCCCCGGCCCCGCCCGCUACCGGCUCAAGUUCCGCUUCGGGUAGGGCCGCACCGGGCAGCUCGGGGGUGACCCCGCCGCGGGGACCCGUGUCUCCCUCCGCACAUGGACACCGGGAGCCUCCCGGGCCGGGAUUGGAUCGUCUCUUCACCGCACGGACCGGGCGCCAUCCCCGGAGGCGUGCCAAGGAGAAUUCCUGCCGUGAAUUCCAGCACUGGACGGGACCUCGGCCACCUCAGAGGUACUGCUGCAGUGCUGGAGAGAGCAAACCAGAAACCUGAGAGGAUGAAGAGGAUUCCUAGGUUCCUUUCCAGGCAAUUUCCGCCUUCAGAGGAGGUGCAAAUCCACAUGGAGCUGGGAAGGGCGAUGUGAGGAGUGCAGUGAGCUGGCACUGCCCCCCAGCUCCCUGGGUUGGAGACAUCCAACGACCUUGUGAGAGGAAAAAAGCCUUGCCAUCCAUUUUCACCCUGCAGUCACCCCUACCGCAGGCGUAUGCCUUGUUCCACAUCCCCCAGGAGGAUUUGUGUGUGUCCUGCACUCCCGAAUCCAUGGCUUGGAAGGAGCAGCCUUGAGCACGAGUGAGAGGAAGAGGAUUUCCUAUGGAGCAGCUGUGCCUUCUCACACUUGCGGCAGGCAGCGUGCGCUUGCUGUGAAAGCUGAGCCUGCCUUGGGAAUUCUGGGCUUUGCAGUCGCGCAUUGUCGUGUCCUGUGUCUGGUUCCCUCUGAUUUCUGUUCCUGCCCUUGCUUCUCUCUGAUUCCCUGGUAUGUACAUCUUCAAACACUUACUGGUGUGCCUUCCUGGCCUCUUGAGGAAAACAUAUUAACAGCUACCAUAAAUAGUAGUUUGGGGGGGGAUCUUGCUACGAGGAGCUAAAAAACAUUUUUAUAGUGCUUAGAUUGUCAGCAUAGCUGGUGAACGGGAGAGCCACUGAGUGGCUUCCUUGUCCUGUGUGAUUUUCCCCCUUUUUCUGGUGCUGGGAGAUGAUUAUGGCAUAAUUUACUAGCAUGUGUCAAAUGUCUUUGGUAGCAUUUGUGGGCCAAGAGCACAUGUGCUGCAUAGUUCAGCCAUUGCCAUACCUCAUGUGCUGUCCUGUUUCAAGCUUCUAAUUCAGGAAAAACCUCACUUUUUUUAAAUGCCUUUUAAAUUAAUUUUUUAAAUUAUUAUUAUGCAGGAUUGACUCUUCACAGAAUCAUAGAAUCCCAGAAUGGUUUUGCUUGAGAAGAACCUUAAAGUUCAUCUCAUUCCGUGCCCCUGCCAUGAGCAGGGACAACUUCCAUGGGACUAAGUUGCUCCUAGUGCUGUGUAAUCUGGCCCUGAACAUAUCCAAGGAAAAUAAUGGGAGUCUUUUAGCCCACAGCUGGGACACAGGACCACAGGUUGUUAAUCCCUUGUGUCCAAACAGAGAUGUUUGCUCCUGAAAUCCCAGAUGGAACUGAUCCAAACCAAACCUGGGUUUGAGUUCCAUCAGCCAGAGGAGGGAAUGAGCCCUGGUGCCAGCCAUCCUGCGGGUGCCCCACAGGUCUUAGCAUUUCUCUACUGUCAUUUGCUUUGUGUGAUUCUCCCUUGAUCAGAGAGGGCAGAAGAAGAGGCAGGAGGGGGAGCUCAUUUUGUUUCUGUGAACUCCAGGCUGGGGGCAGAUGCAGAGAACUUUGGGUGCAAAUAAUCCUGCCCAAACACAGUCAGCUUGAACCUCUCUUGGGCACUUUUGGAUCUCUCUGUGCCAUUCCUCCUGUGAUCCUUUAGCUGCGAGGUGUGGGCUCAGAAACACCUGCCCCUACUGGAUGCACUAUUACACAUGUAAAUUUAGGUUAUUAGGAAAGUAAUCAGGUGUAAUGAAAACGUGUUCUGUUUAGAAAACACAGAAAGCAGGUGUUUUGGCACACUUGUUAACAGUAGGUCUUGCACUUUGUUUCUGUUUUUUUAAUCCUGUUUUUAGGAGGACCACUAAAUUAGAAAAUUAAAAGUGAGGGAGAAAAUGUUGCUUUCAUUUUCUAUGCUUUGC